UGCAUAUUGGAUACAUGGCUCACACAAAUGAAUUGAUGGUGUCUGAGUUUGUACUUUUGGGACUCUCUAAUUCCUGGGAACUUCAACUUUUCUUUUUUGCCAUCUUUUCUAUAGUCUAUGUGACAUCAGUGCUAGGCAAUGUCUUAAUUACUGUCAUUAUUUCUUUUGACUCCCAUUUGAACUCUCCUAUGUGUUUCUUGCUCAGUAAUCUUUCUUUCAUUGAUAUCUGUCAGUCUAACUUUACCACCCCCAAGAUGCUUGUAGACUUUUUUGUUAAGUGCAAGACUAUCUCCUUUGAGGGUUGCAUGGCCCAGAUAUUCCUUCUUCACAGUUUUGUUGGGAGUGAGAUGAUGUUGCUUGUAGCUAUGGCAUAUGACAGAUUUAUAGCCAUAUGUAAGCCUCUGCACUGCAGUACAAUUAUGAACCAGAGGCUAUGUAUAAUUUUUGUGUCUAUUUCCUGGGCAGUGGGCAUUCUUCAUUCUGUGAGCCACUUGGCUUUUACGGUGGACCUGCCAUUCUGUGGUCCCAAUGAGGUGGAUAGCUUCUUUUGUGACCUUCCCUUGGUGAUAGAGCUGGCUUGCAUGGAUACAUAUGAAAUGAAAAUUAUGACCCUAACGAACAGUGGCCUGAUAUCAUUGAGCUGUUUUCUGGCUUUAAUUAUUUCCUACACGAUCAUUUUGAUCAGUGUCCGACACAGGUCCUCCAGUGGGUCAUCUAAAGCUCUUUCUACAUUAACUGCCCACAUCACAGUGGUGAUUAUUUUCUUCGGGCCUUGCAUUUAUUUCUAUAUAUGGCCUUUUAGCAGACUUUCUGUGGACAAAUUUCUUUCUGUCUUCUACACUGUCUGUACUCCCUUGUUGAACCAUAUCGUCUACUCUCUGAGGAAUGAAGAUGUUAAAUCAGCCACGUGGAAACUGAGAUACCAUCAUGUGAACUCCUGGAAAAACUAGAGAUCACUAUAAAGGAGCAUAAUCCCGAAUUAGAAUGAAGACCCUCCAGUGUAUCUCAGUGUCAUGCCAACCACCUUUGCUAGACAUAUGGGUUACUGAGUUACAGAAUUGGCUUUUUGUUUUAAAUGCAAGGGAACUGCAUCAAGUCAGUCUCUGGUUCUAUUUAAAUAUAAUGUUAACUAUUUUUUCCUUGUUUAUAAUUCUAAAGUACAAAUUGUCUUGAAAAUAUUUAGUAAUAUUUUAAAAUAUUUUAUAAAGAAUUUAGAGAUACCAAUGUGCAUAAAAUGUUAUUCAUGUUACUAAGCUUGUGAUUCUCUUCAAUUGAAUACAUGAUAUAUUUAGACCUGACAAUCAAAAUGUACAGGCAUACUGAAUUUCUGAUAUCUUUACCCAAUUUAUUCAUAACAUUACAACAUACAUUGACAUAGUAGAAAAAGUAUUACAUUUUACCACGUGGAUUCCACCUUAUUGUUAUACAUUUUUAGCUUUUCUUUAUCUUAUGUAUUAUUUUAGUAAUUUAUAAUUUGGUUAUUAUAUAUUUGUAUAUUUAUAGUUUUCCCAAAUUCUAUUUUAUUCCUAUUUUUUUCUGUUUUCCUUUAGAUUGUUUGACAUAAAUUUUUGCUUUCUACAAAAUUUUCUAGGUAUUUGGUGCCAUCAUCAACAUAUAUAUGUGUGUGUGUGUGUAUAUAUAUACAUA